UGGAGAGUAAUGUUACAGAGCGGAGAGAGUGAGGAGGCUGCGUCUGGCUCCCGCUCUCACAGCCAUUGCAGUACAUUGAGCUCCAUAGAGACAGCGCCGGGGCAAGUGAGAGCCGGACGGGCACUGGGCGACUCUGUGCCUCGCUGAGGAAAAACAACUAAACAUGGGCAAAGGAGAUCCUAAGAAGCCGAGAGGCAAAAUGUCAUCAUAUGCAUUCUUUGUGCAAACUUGCCGGGAGGAGCACAAGAAGAAGCACCCAGAUGCUUCAGUCAACUUUUCAGAGUUUUCUAAGAAGUGCUCAGAGAGGUGGAAGACCAUGUCUGCUAAAGAGAAAGGAAAAUUUGAAGACAUGGCAAAGGCGGACAAGGCCCGUUAUGAAAGAGAAAUGAAAACCUAUAUUCCUCCUAAAGGGGAAACAAAAAAGAAGUUCAAGGAUCCCAAUGCACCCAAGAGGCCUCCGUCGGCCUUCUUCUUGUUCUGUUCUGAAUAUCGCCCCAAAAUCAAAGGAGAACAUCCUGGCCUAUCCAUUGGUGAUGUUGCAAAGAAACUGGGAGAAAUGUGGAAUAACACUGCUGCAGAUGAUAAGCAGCCUUAUGAAAAGAAAGCUGCUAAGCUGAAGGAAAAAUACGAAAAGGAUAUUGCUGCCUACCGAGCUAAAGGAAAACCUGAUGCAGCAAAAAAGGGAGUUGUCAAGGCUGAAAAAAGCAAGAAAAAGAAGGAAGAGGAGGAAGAUGAGGAAGAUGAAGAGGAUGAGGAGGAAGAGGAAGAUGAAGAAGAUGAAGAUGAAGAAGAAGAUGAUGAUGAUGAAUAAGUUGGUUCUAGCGCAGUUUUUUUUUUUCUUGUCUAUAAAGCAUUUAACCCCCCUGUACACAACUCACUCCUUUUAAAGAAAAAAAUUGAAAUGUAAGGCUGUGUAAGAUUUGUUUUUAAACUGUACAGUGUCUUUUUUUGUAUAGUUAACACACUACCGAAUGUGUCUUUAGAUAGCCCUGUCCUGGUGGUAUUUUCAAUAGCCACUAACCUUGCCUGGUACAGUAUGGGGGUUGUAAAUUGGCAUGGAAAUUUAAAGCAGGUUCUUGUUGGUGCACAGCACAAAUUAGUUAUAUAUGGGGACGGUAGUUUUUCAUCUUCAGUUGUCUCUGAUGCAGCUUAUACGAAAUAAUUGUUGUUCUGUUAACUGAAUACCACUCUGUAAUUGCAAAAAAAAAAAAAAGUUGCAGCUGUUUUGUUGACAUUCUGAAUGCUUCUAAGUAAAUACAAUUUUUUUUAUUA